CCACCAUUCUCUACAAACAUAAUUCCCUUGACAUCUCUCUCACCCUUCGUACUUCCUCCUCCAUUCUCACACAACCAUGGCGUUUCCUUCCCUUUCCCUUCUCCUUCUCCUCCCUUUUCUCUCCCUUCUUCCCCCUACUCAUUCCAAACUCAGCCCAGACUACUACAACAAAACAUGCCCCAGUUUUCAUUCCAUAAUGGAAAAGGUUGUCUUCGACAAACAAACGGCGGCCCCCACCACAGCCGCCGGCACCCUCCGCGUCUUCUUCCACGACUGCAUGGUAGAAGGCUGCGACGCCUCGAUUCUCAUUGCGUCCAAUGCCUUCAACAAGGCCGAGCGUGAUGAAGAGAUUAACCUCUCCCUCCCCGGAGAUGCAUUUGAUAUCGUCACCCGUGCCAAGACCGCACUUGAGCUCGAAUGCCCAGGGAUUGUCUCCUGCUCAGACAUCCUUGCAACUGCCACGAGAGACCUCAUUGUCAUGGUCGGUGGGCCACACUACGAUGUCCGAUUGGGACGGAAAGACAGCUUUGUGGCUUUCUCUUCCAAUGUCAACGGCCAUCUCGCUACCAUUGAAAUGUCCAUGGAUGAGAUAAUAUCUCUGUUCGCUGCAAAGGGGUUCUCAAUUCAAGAAAUGGUUGCUCUCAUGGGAGCACAUACCAUUGGAUUCUCCCAUUGUUCACAGUUUGCAGACAGAUUGUUCAACUUCAGCAAGACCACGGAAACCGACCCGGCAUUCGAUCCGGAUUUCGCACGAGCGCUGAAGAAAUUAUGCGGAAAUUACACUAGCAACCCACAAAUCGCCGCCUUCAACGACGUGAUUACGCCGGGAAAGUUGGACAACAUGUAUUUCAGGAAUCUGCGGAGGGGAUUAGGCUUGCUCAAGCAGGAUCAUGACAUAUUCGUCGACUCGAGGACGAAGCCGUUCGUGGACUUGUAUGCAGCGGACCAGAAGGCAUUCUUUGAUGCGUUUGCUCAUGCGAUGGAGAAGGUGAGUGUCUACAAGGUGAAGACGGGGAACAAAGGGGAGGUGCGACGUAGAUGCGAUCAGUUCAAUAAUAUCAACGCUUGAGAGUUCCAACGGCGUUGGAUGGGUGCUCGUAGCUCAUGGCCGGCUCGUCCCUCGUAAAACCUAAAAUUGUUUUAUGUAAAUUGAAUAUGACGGAGAGUUUCUUGAAGCAUCAGACUUGUAUAUUUGCAUUAAACAACACCCUUAGCUAAUAUACUCUUGUUUUGUUCCCAAUUUUUUCGAAUUGAAAUACUUGAAUAAUCUACUGCACUGUAA